CUUCAAGGGGGACUAAAAACACUGUCGGACCCAUGUGGGCGUGCGGGACAAGGGCUUCCUGUUAUGAACUAAGGGAAACGACCCGGCGGGAGUAACGUUAUCAGUAUUGACUUACUAAACAGUGUUGAGCGGAGGAGCUAUGCCUUUCCUCCAUGGGUUUCGCAGGAUCAUAUAUGAGUACAAGCCGCUCGUGGACGCUGUCAUGAGUGCAGUCGGACUGCUGGAAGGAGGCGGAAGUCACGAGGACAGAGUCAGAAGCCCUGAGGGAGAGUCCGCUCCUUGUAGCUCUCUGGCGGAGCUUCUGGAGCGAGAGUCCCAGUCAGAAGUGUUUGUGGAAGGCAUCAGCUGUUCUCUCUCUAAGGUAGCAGAGCACGGACUGGUCGACGCCGCUGAAAUCCUUCUACGAUACGGAGCUGAACUAAACUUUGAGGACCCAGUGUCCUACUAUAACCCUCUCCAUAUGGCAGUUUUGAGGAACAAACCAGACAUGGUGAGGCUGCUGGUCAGGCACGGAGCAGACGUUGAAAAGAGAGACAGGAUCCAUGAGAGCAGUCCUUUGGAUCUGGCCAGUGAGGAGUUGGAGAGGCUACCCUGCUUGCUCGUCCUUCUGGAGCUCGGUGCUGAUGUCAAUGCAAGGGAUAAACAUGGAAAAACCCCUUUGCUCCAUGCCUUUGCAAGCAGCGACGGACUCACUGUGCUCAACACAGAGAACAUUGAGCUUCUUCUUCAGAGAGGCGCUGACGUGAAUGCGGCUUCUUUAGACGGCGAAACGGCUUUGUCCUUGCUGGUGUUUGUGGUCACGGAGGCUCUGGAGGCCACCGCGGAGGACGCUGCUGAGAUGGGUAACUUUUGCUUGAAAGCCACACAGCUACUUUUGUCCCACGGUGUGGACCCCAGCUCCUGUCUGAAUGCGGACGGCAAGUCCUCGGUGAUGCCCACCCUGACGCAGACGAGCCUGGAGCACUUCGACCUGCUCUUCCCUCUGGCGGUGCUGUUAAUCCGGAGCGGAGCGUCUUUGGUUUGCUCCCAUCACGGCGACUCUUGUUGGUCAGGGUACAGCCUCCUUUUCCAGCGGCUCCACACAGCCCUGCAGCAAUGCCCCGAUAAAAGUCACGCCUCCGAGCUGCUGGAGCAAGCUGAGGUGUUGCUCGACUUAGCGAAGGUUGACCUCAUCGCGUUGCAUGUGGAAGUGAAGCUCCCUGUGCCCGGUCGGGACCCUCACCCCUACGCUCAGGCUCUCAAGGACCUGCACAGCCGCGUAGAAGAGCAUGAAGCGAACCCUCCUGCUCUGCAAAGCUUUUGUCGGGCGUUUAUAAGGAGCCACCUACAGCCUGGGCCCCUGGAAGACAGAGUGAAAGCUUUGCCAUUACCGGACAAACUGAAAGACUUUAUUCUUCCUGAGCCAAUCCCUAAGCCCGGCUGGGACUGCUUCAAGCCCCAACUUAGCCAGCGCUGACAAUAUAAGCUACCAAUAAUUCGUGUUCUACCUGAAAAUCUAAAUUGAAGGACUGAAAAGGCCCGUAGUAGUUGUAUAAAAGUACUGGUCACCAUUGAGGCCUUUAUUUUAAAUCUUAUUAUAGUUUUCUCUGCCAAAUGACCAGACAACCAGUGUAUGUUUACUUCAAGACACAAAGUUAUGUCAAAUAAACAACUAAAUGUUCUGAUUAAACUGCCACACAGUGAAGUCAGUCAUAUCAGUGAGUUUAGGCAGCGGCAAUACACAAUAAAGUCCACCAGAUGGCAAUGUUGCUCUCUCAGCUCAGAUGUUAGGGUCACAGAUGUAACCAUUCACAGAGCAGCAUGUUUAAGUUGCUCCAGCGAGCGCAGUAGGCUCCAUCUAUAUUUCAUCUCCUCAACAUGAUGAUGGUGUAUUGUGGAAUUUGUGAAUAUUCUCGCUUAAAUAUAAAAAUGAACCAAUAAAUCAGUCGGGUUUCUCCCCAUCAGAGUCCUGACAGCUGCACACAAAUAUCAGUUUGACAUUAUUUUUGUUAUGGCUGUCAACAUGUAACUGUUUGUAGCUGACCACCAGAUAGUGACAGUGCAGCGCUGAUAGUGCCUCACACUCACUGGCUGCCUGGUUAUAGGGAAGUAAUUGUUGCUAUAUAUAUUUAGCAUGUUCAUACACCAAACAUCAGUUGAGUGAAUGCAACAAAAAAAGGAAUAUAACGCUCCAACACUGCAGGAAGCCUGUAGAUGUUUUGACAUUGUUCCACUGUGACAUAAUGUGUCUGCAGUGGCUGCUGGCCUGGAAAGUUUUACCAAGCAUUCUUAAUGCUAAUGUUUAAAUUCAGAUGAAUUCAGGGGCCCUUUCCUCUUUUUUUUUUUUUUUGCUUCCUCAUAUGCACAAACCCCAAUCUGCACAUCCCGUCUUUGCUAAUAAACAGACGGCUUCUAAAAGAAACACACCCCUGUAAUGCGGAAAUACUACAGGGUACAUAUGUGUUUGCGUCCAUGUCUCUGUGUGUGUGAGCAAACUAAAUAGGACAUUGUGUUACACAACUAACCCCUUCCUGACAUUGCUGAAGCUGGAGUGGCUCCAAGGCUUGCAAGCGCUCCAGCUCCUCUUGGUUAUCUAGGUCACAGCCUCUGAGGAGAAGAGCCUCAGCAGCAGCAGCAGCAGCCCUGCAUGACACACGCUUCACUCUCCUGUCUGACUGAAUCUCUUGACAAAACCUCAACACUGGCCCUGGUCGAACGAGGGAGGGAGAGAGAGGGAGGAGGUUGGGAGGGGGUUGCAGGAGGCAGAGCAGUGAGAAGAAAAAAAAGUUACAGAGACUGCAUAUGUGGAGUGGUUGUGGGAGCACUCAUGGAGGACACAUGGAAAUGGCAACGUUGGAUUACAUUUAUACAAUACACUAGCUGUAGGAACAUAAUCCAUCCAACCAACAAUCACUACGGCGGGGGGGAAACAGCCUUCUUCCACUGAGUCCAAUCCCUGCUUGUAGAAGGUGAUAGAGAUAGUGGGGGAGGGCUGAGGCAGUCCAGCAUUUAUUGGAAAACAGCGCGAGUGAAGCUCGGUACUGAAAUUAGUUAUUGAUCUAUUCUCUCCCUGAAGCCCAUGGGUCUUUCCUACCACACCUGCUCGUUCUCUCAGAGCCUUUUCUUUCCCUGCAACCCAUUGUAUCUCUCGCUUCUGUGCUUUUCUGCUUCUACUGUAGUUCUUGUUAUUUUCUUCAAAUCCUCUCGUCAUACAGAGAAGUCGUUUAAAACUAAGAUUCCAAGAAUAAACUCAUGUCUACUACAAAGUUGUAUAUUAACAUACUCCAUUAUUAAUUAACAGUAUCCAUUUAAGGGCAUUUCACUGCAAAUCAUUGAUUAUUAAAACAAUACUUCUAGUUUAUGGUAAAAAAAAAAAGUGAUACUUAAAUGAAAACCUUAUAUAACAUUCUUGAUAUGUUCCCCUUUUUAUUUGAAAUUCUUCUCUUAACUACAUAGCAUUUUUUUAGAUAACCAUUUUCUGUUAUAAACAAGUGUUGUUUAUUUCGAAUUCUUCUUGGUCUUAAGAAGUCCCUGACGUCAUUGCCAGCUCCAGCAGUAUUGAUGAUAAACUCUUUGACUUAACUUUAGAAAAAAAGGACAUUUAAUGGCACACGCAUAUAAGAUGUUUUGAAUGAUACACCAACCAAAAGUUAUUGUAUUGAUAUCAAUUCAAAAAAAGCACUUGGAAUGUAACAAUGAGCCUGAAACAUGAAGAGACAUCUUUUUCUUUUUAAAUUUGGACAAUAACUGUUUCUAAAAUAUUGCUGCUUUUUUUGUAUUCAUGGUGGUGCUUGUUGGCUGAGUUCCCAGUCUGGCUCUAAACAUUGUUAUUAACCACUGCGUCACCAACUCAAGCACAUCGUGGUCUAUCCCGGGACUUCUCUUUUAUACAUUGAGCCUGUGCAGUGUGCAUCUCCUUGUCUUUCAGUAUACAUUGUCUACCAGUAGACAUCGUCUAGACACGGGAUGAUUGCAGACUUCACUGAACACUCAGCUGCUGCAUGAAACCUCAUGGGAGCAGAGGUGGACUUUGGACGGAAAGGCCCAGCAGUCAGUGAGGGGUAGGGGGGGGGGGUAACACUCACACCCCUUUUAGAUUGGGUAUUUAAGUGUUUGCCCAUACAUCUUCGUGCUGUAAGUGUUUUCUGGUGUGUGAAGGCAAGCCUGAAUUCAGAUGUGUGUGUGUGUGUGUGUGUGUGUGUGUGUGUGUGUGUGUGUGUGUGUGGGAGAGAGCAAAAGAAAAAGCGUAGACAUUGACACACACAGUGUUCAUAACCGCAGAUGUGGUGACUUCAUCACCAGAAAAUGUAACCCGUCCUACUGCUCUGCUAGCGUUGAUGGAGCUCAGCUAAAUGAGUGGCUGUUAAUGCUAACAUGAAUAAAAGCAAGGCAAUAGUAGUCUGCACUUUAGCUGGCUUCCAUACAGCAAAUGUAUCUCCCAUAACAAUAUUGUUGUUUUUCCCUCGCACUAUUAAAUGUGAAGAUUUGA